AAUUGUACUUACUAUUCAAGUUGGGCAUUUUCAUUUUCAUUUUGUAUCGAUGAGCUUUUCUCAUUAACAAAAACUGCCUACAAUCCUAAAGCCACUUUCCAAGAUCAACUGAAAGGCGUGGCGAUUCAAGUUCAGCCAUCCAAUUGCCACUGCGAGAAAAAUGGCAAAAGGUUUGAUAUGGGCUACUGCGGAGGAUUUGGCGCGGAACAGAGGGCGGGUUUUGUCGUUGUACCGGCAGAUACUGAGGAGCCUGAAUUCACCCGAUCUGCCGUUCAACUUCGCGGCGCGGCUGGCCAAGAAAGCGGAGGCUCGCGCCAUCUUUGUGGUGGCCGCGGAAGAGCGGUCCAUCCACAACAUCGAGGACCUCAUCGGCACCGGCGAGUACGCUCUCUCUCUUCUUAAGAAAGGCCAACUUCCCAAAUAUAGUUUGUCUACCUAAAUAAAUAAGAAUGGUGCUUCUCGCCAACUAUUUUCAGUUUUGACUCUGGGAUUCUGCAUUUUCGAAUUUUUUUGUAAUAAAAACUGCGACGAAAUGCCCACCUGCGCGUGUGUCUGAAACUCAGAAUGUGAUAGAAACAAAGUUAAUCUAAACUUUUUGUUUC